UGAUUUAAUGGGACUGUCCCUUAUCUGAGGUAGCGGUUGUUAGCCUGAGAAAUCAAUGGAGCAAAACAAUGGCAGUACUUCAAACUGGACAAUACAACGGCGAGUGGAGGGGUUGGUGAAUAAACACAUGGCAGACAUGGCUUUAGAGACUCUCCAACAGAGGCUCACGGCUGUAUCUGAAGAAAUGAACCAUUUGUCAGACGAUUUAUCAAGGCGAGAAGAAAUACCUAAACGAGCUGACGAUGUCUCCAGGCGAACCGAUGUUAACUAUAACGUUGAAACAAUCUCAGAGACAUAUACAGGGGUUGCUGGAGAGAAGUUGAUGCCAGAUACCUCAGAAACAGCUGCCCAAAGAAAAAUAAUUUCGCUUUUGAUUGAGAUCAAAGAAGAGCAGCAGAGACAGUGGGCAGUGUUAAAAGACCUCCAGGCUAGACUCCAGGGGCAGGUGUGCGAAGAGGAGGUUGAGGCGUUGGACAUAGACCUUCCAUUGCAGACAAUGGAGCAGCUGGAUGAAACGGAGAAACACCUGGAGGAUGCUGGUGCACAGAAGAGAAUGGUGUCUCACCUGUCACGCAUGGGUGGGGCCACGGUGGACGAUGCGGUCCGACGGCUGAUGCAGGCGGUUCUGUCUUUUGGUGUUGGUUCUGAGCUGAACUGGGUCGGCCGGGGGCAGAAGAGGAGCUUUAGAAACACCAGACUGCAGGGCGUCUUAUUUCGUGCUUUAAAGAGGACUCCAGUCGGAAAGGAAGCCACCCACCAUCAGUUUGCAGACGUAGUGAAGAAGUGGUUACGAUUCGCCCCGUUUAGACAAGGAGGGAGUGGUCGUAGGCAGCAUUACAAACCCCCUGUAGAAUUCAUGUGUCCAAAGUAUCACACAGACACGGAAGGGUGACCACGACCGCAUUCGCUCAAACCUGACGUCGGUGUGUUGUGGUCAAUGUAAUUACCUUUAAAAGCAUUAUAAAACAGUUCAGUCUCCACGCUGAGGUGCAUUUAAAACGAAAUAAUGACAAAAAAAAAAAAAAAAUCGUGUGAAAUGUGAAUGACUGGGUGGUGUCUUAGACUGAAUGUUUGCCAUGUCAGAUUGUUCAUGGAGAUUAAAAUUUCUCCAGCUCUUUUAAAUUCAAAUCUCAUCUAUUGCACAGAUGUACUGACUA